ACAGAUGGUGUCUGAAAAAUAUCGAAAUUGGCGCCGCUUUUCUCUGGUUUCUCUUUCUCUCUCUACAAUCCCCUUUCUUCUCUCUUCUGAAAAUUGUCAACCCAGAUUUGAAAUUCCCAAAUUCCAAAAACAGGGUUCACUUUUGAUUUCUCUUUCGCCAUGUCUAUUCGUAGAAGAACCUUGCUUAAAGUUAUCGUCCUUGGCGAUAGUGGGGUUGGUAAAACGUCAUUAAUGAAUCAAUAUGUACACAAGAAGUUCAGUCAGCAAUAUAAAGCUACAAUUGGAGCUGAUUUCGUGACAAAGGAGCUUCAAAUUGAUGACAGGCUUGUUACACUCCAAAUAUGGGAUACGGCCGGUCAAGAGAGAUUCCAGAGUCUUGGAGUUGCAUUUUAUAGAGGUGCAGAUUGCUGUGUUUUGGUCUAUGAUGUUAAUGUAAUGCGAUCCUUUGAUAACCUUGACAAUUGGCAUGAAGAAUUUCUCAAACAGGCUAAUCCGCCAGACCCUAAAACAUUUCCUUUCAUAUUACUGGGGAACAAGAUUGAUAUAGAUGGUGGAAAUAGCCGAGUGGUUUCUGAGAAGAAAGCAAAGGAGUGGUGUACUUCUAAAGGGAUACCUUACUUUGAGACAUCAGCAAAAGAGGAUAUAAAUGUUGAUGCUGCAUUCUUAUCUAUUGCAAAAACUGCCUUGGCCAAUGAGCAUGAGCAGGAUAUAUACUUCCAAGGCAUUCCAGAGGCAGUUUCAGAGACUGAACAAAGAGGUGGCUGUGCAUGCUAAGGCGGAUAUAGUAAUUCCAUCGAGUGCCAUACUUGAUCCAUGUUGUUGCGUAUUAUUCCUGCAACCGUAUCAUAACUCUCCGGCCAUAGCCAUUCUUUUGUACCCACUAUUUUAUAUACUACUAUUUGAUUUCUUCAGUGUUGUUUUGGGAAGAGAAGCAUCUUUUGUUACAUUUCAGUUACUGGAAGGUAGAGAAACUCAGAAGGAUUUCACUUAGUAUUGCAGUUGGCUUUGACAGAGAUUAUAACUGUGCAUCUUUUUUUUUUCUUCUCCAUUGGGUGGUUGGUUUUAUUGUAUAAUCUGAAAGAGCUGUAUUUUUCUACAUCUACGUAUAAUAAUGUGUUGGACUGGUAA